AUGGCCUGCAGCCACCAGCCAGAGGAGGCAGACCUCCUGGCUCCACAGGGCCGGUCUGUGCAGCAGUCUGGAGAACAGACCUCCUGGUUCCACAGGGCCGACCUCCUGGCUCCACAGGGCCGGUCUGUGCAGCAGCCUGGAGAACAGACCUCCUGGCUCCACAGGGCCGGUCCUGCAGCAGCCUGGAGAACAGACCUCCUGGCUCCACAGGGCCGGUCCUGCAGCAGUCUGGAGAACAGACCUCCUGGCUCCACAGGGCCGGUCCUGCAGCAGUCUGGAGUUAUGGAGGCUGGUCUCCAGCUCCUGGACAGUUUACAGCAGCAUCUAAACACGUUGUUGGCGGCUCUGGGGACGCUGGAGUUCGAGUUGAAAUACGACCAGAGCUGCAGCGAGCUGCACUGCACCGUGCUGAGGGCCAAGGGUCUAAAGCCGAUGGACUUCAACGGACUAGCCGAUCCCUACGUGAAGCUGCACCUGCUACCAGGAGCCAGUAAGGCCAACAAGCUGAAGACGAAGACGAUACGGAACUCCCUGAAUCCGGUCUGGAAUGAGACGCUCACCUACUACGGCAUCACGGAGGAGGACAUGCAUAGGAAGACGCUGCGGUUGACCGUCUGCGAUGAGGACAAGUUGACUCAUAACGAGCUGAUCGGAGAGUCCCGGGUUCCACUGAAACGGGUCAAACCCAACCAGCCCAAACACUUCCACACCUGUCUGGAGCAUCCGCCACCGCUGCCGUCCCCCAGCGCCAUGGGUGAAGCCCUCAGAGGGAUCUCCUGCUACCUGAGAGAGUGGGAGAACGAGCAGCUGCACAGCCUGGAGGAGAGAGGACGUCUGCUGCUGUCCCUCCAGUUCCUGCCCCCCGUCCAUCCAGAGGACGCCGAUGGAGGAGACGGAGGCCGGCAUGGCGGCCUCUGUGUGGGCGUGAGGCGCUGUGCUCACCUGGCAGCCAUGGAUGUCAACGGGUUCUCAGACCCCUACGUCAAAAUGUGUCCUCAGAGGGAGACGGUCUCUAACUGUUCUCUGUGUCCUCCGGGUGGCGUCUGCCUGAGCUGCCGCUCCCAGGGAGACGCCCUCCGCCACUGGAUGGACUGCCUGAAGAACAAGGGUCGGCGGGUGGAGCGCUGGCACAUUCUGACCAAUGAGCUGCCGCGGAGCUUCAGCCACGACUAACGGCUCGCCGCCGCCGCCUCGUGGUCGCUGUCAGGAUUUCCAUGUUUCACACAGAUCUUCUCAUUGUGGGACAGGAAGACGUUUAGAGAGGCGGAGCCUGCGGAGAGAAGCCGGUGCCUUCAUCUCUCAUCACCUGGAGGAGUUUGAUCCCGCCUUCUCCUCCUCCUCUCCGAUAGGAGCACAGAAGCCCACCUCAGCAUGUUUACAGGCCGCGCAGCAGCAGCAGGGCUGCUUCUCUGCAUCGCCUCUCUUAUGUUUUCCUACAGUUUGCAUCCAGACGUUGUGGAUUUUCUGCGUAUGAAGCUGCAUGAAGUCGAUCAGUGUUGUUAAUGUUUCUAAUAAGACUCGCCUUACGGAGCCUCUUUAGUGCCGCAGCACAGUCUCCUUUCCUACUAAUGGACUGAUGAACAACCAGAACCAUCUAAAGGA